AUGCCUUCUAAACUUGGAAAAUACACUUUAUAAAGAACCUUAGGACAGGGUGCCUUCUCAAGGGUUAAACUCGGAGUAGUCGAGGAGACUGGAGAGAGAUAUGCAGUCAAGAUCCACCGAUUGGAUGAUCCAAAACUUGAUUAAGCCAGCAUUGAUGUCAUUCAAAAUGAGGUAGUUGCUAUUAAGGCUCUCAGCCAUCCAGGCAUUAUCAACAUUGUAGACUAUUAUGCUAGAGCUCAUCUUACUAAGUCUUGUGGAAAAGCUUACCCAGUUGUAUGCGUUAUUGUUGAAGACUUAGCUGAGGGUGGUGAGCUCUUCUACUUUGUAAAGAAUACUGGCUAUUUCGCUGAGCAUUUUGCAAGAUACUUCUUUAGAUAGAUCAUUGAUGCUAUCGAUUAUGUCCACAAAGCCGGUUACGCCCAUAGAGACAUUAAGCCUGACAAUAUUCUCCUAGAUUCAAACUUCAAUAUCAAGAUUGCAGACUUCGGAUUCGCUGGUCCUAUUGCUGGUAGAACUGGCACAGGCAGUUUAACCACUAAAUUAGGAACUGUUCCCUAUCAGGCCCCUGAAAUCAAUGAGAGAAAGCCAUACUCUGGCGAAGCAGUUGAUCUUUUUGCCUGCGGUAUUGUACUCUUCAUCACCAUUGCUGGAACCCCACCCUUCUCAUUGGCUGACAAAUCAGAAUUCUACUAUAAGCUAAUUGUAAACAAGAAAUGGGACAUGUUUUGGAAAUAUCAUAUGAAGGGCAAGCCAAGCCCUAAUUUCUUCUCAGAUGAAUUUAAAGAUCUCAUCCAAAGAAUGCUUGCCUAUGAUCCAGCAGAUAGAUUGACUGUUGAUCAAAUCAGAUCUCACCCUUGGUUUACAAGUUAAUCAGCUACUUACCAAGAAGUUCAAGAGGAAUUCAAAUAAAGAAAAUCAGUCAAUGACGAUGAAGCCGAAAGGGAAAGAGCAAUCAAGUAACAGCAAAAGCAAAGAUAAGCCCAGAAUAAGGGAGGUUAUAAUGAUAGAAAGAGAGGUAUUGCAACUGAUGAACCAGAAGAGGAUGAGAAGGAGGAACUUGAAGAGCCACGCUUCGAGCUACUUUACCAGAUUGAUAAGUACCAAAAGCCAUUGGUCCCAUGUCAUAAAAUGAUGAUUGCUGAGAACCCAGAUACUAUCAUGGAACUUUUAUAAGACUUUGCUGACAAGAAAUCAGAUACAGAAGAAGUCAAGUUCUAUUAAUAUGAGGAAGAUUACAAGGCAACUCUAGAUAUUGCUGAAAAAGCCAGCAUCAAGCUCUUGAUUACUAGAUAUGGUGAUGAUGAUGUCUUCAACAUUGACUUUAUAAAGAAGAAUGGAUGUUUAAUAGAAUUCUAGAAACUCGUAGAUGAAGUUUAAAAACAUUUAGAGAUUAGAUUCGGAUACAGAGAAGAAGAUGAUGAAUAAAAUGUUGAAGAAGAAGAUUCUUGA